CUUUCUUUCCCCUCUUCGUGUCUCUCCGCUUUCUUUUCUCUGCGGACCAGUAGACGACCAAGGUAAGAAACAUACAGAGAAGCGGCCCCCUUUUCUAGGGUUUUUGGACAUAGCUACUCUCGAUCAGAGAAUACCGGCUCAUUUCUCUACGGUGUUUGGACGUAACAUCACAAUCUGAACUCCACUGAACUUGAAGUUAGAAUAACCAGUACAGGAAAAGAGAAAAUAAAUUUAAAGCCAUGGAUUUGGAGGAGGAGGAGUAUGAGCAGCAGUACAACGACGACGAGGAAGAGAUAACGCAGGAGGACGCGUGGGCGGUGAUAAGUGCCUACUUCGAGGAGAAAGGUCUGGUGAGGCAACAGCUUGACUCCUUCGAUGAGUUCAUCCAGAACACUAUGCAGGAAAUUGUUGACGAGUCCGCUGACAUCGAGAUCCGACCCGAGUCCCAGCACAACCCCGGACACCAGUCCGAUUUCGCCGAGACUAUCUACAAAAUCAAUUUUGGUCAAAUCUAUCUUAGUAAGCCAAUGAUGACAGAGUCAGAUGGUGAAACUGCAACCUUAUUCCCGAAAGCUGCAAGGUUAAGGAAUCUGACAUACUCUGCUCCUCUCUAUGUGGAUGUCUCAAAGCGAGUCAUCAAGAAAGGGCAUGAUGGGGAAGAAGUUACUGAAACUCAGGACUUCACUAAAGUUUUCAUUGGGAAGGUUCCUAUUAUGCUUCGAUCAAGUUAUUGCACAUUGUAUCAAAAUUCAGAGAAAGAUUUGACUGAGCUUGGGGAGUGUCCAUAUGAUCAAGGUGGCUAUUUCAUAAUUAAUGGGAGUGAGAAGGUUCUAAUUGCUCAGGAAAAGAUGAGUACAAAUCAUGUCUAUGUGUUUAAGAAGAGGCAACCAAACAAGUAUGCAUAUGUGGCAGAAGUCCGGUCAAUGGCAGAGUCUCAAAACAGACCACCAAGUACUAUGUUUGUGCGGAUGCUCUCACGAACUAGUGCAAAAGGGGGUUCUUCUGGUCAAUAUAUUCGUGCCACACUUCCAUAUAUCAGGACCGAAAUUCCUAUUAUAAUUGUUUUCCGAGCUUUAGGUUUUGUCGCUGACAAAGAUAUACUGGAACAUAUCUGCUAUGAUUUUAAUGAUACACCAAUGAUGGAGUUGCUGCGGCCCUCUUUGGAAGAAGCAUUUGUCAUUCAGAAUCAACAGGUUGCUCUGGAUUAUAUUGGGAAGAGAGGGGCUACUGUUGGUGUUACUAAGGAGAAGAGAAUCAAGUAUGCUAAAGAUAUUCUUCAGAAAGAAAUGCUUCCUCAUGUUGGGGUUGGAGAAUAUUGUGAGACAAAGAAAGCUUACUAUUUUGGGUAUAUCAUCCACCGGCUUCUGUUGUGUGCAAUUGGCCGAAGGGCUGAGGAUGAUAGGGAUCAUUAUGGCAACAAGAGAUUGGAUCUUGCUGGUCCUUUGCUUGGUGGUUUAUUUCGAAUGCUUUUCAGGAAGUUAACUCGUGAUGUUAGAUCUUAUGUUCAGAAGUGUGUUGAUAAUGGUAAAGAUGUUAAUCUGCAAUUUGCAAUUAAAGCAAAAACCAUUACAAGUGGCCUUAAGUACUCACUGGCUACUGGAAACUGGGGCCAAGCUAAUGCUGCAGGUACAAGAGCUGGUGUUUCUCAGGUGUUGAAUCGCUUGACUUAUGCCUCAACUUUGUCACACUUGAGAAGGUUAAAUUCCCCAAUAGGCCGCGAAGGGAAACUAGCUAAACCCAGGCAAUUACACAAUUCACAAUGGGGGAUGAUGUGUCCAGCAGAAACACCAGAAGGACAAGCAUGUGGACUGGUGAAGAAUCUAGCAUUAAUGGUGUAUAUAACAGUUGGUUCAGCAGCAUAUCCAAUUUUGGAGUUUUUGGAGGAAUGGGGCACUGAGAACUUUGAGGAAAUUUCUCCUGCUGUCAUUCCACAAGCUACGAAGAUAUUUGUCAAUGGUGGUUGGGUUGGAAUUCAUCGUGACCCAGAUAUGUUGGUGAGAACACUGAGACGGUUAAGGAGACGGGUUGAUGUCAAUACUGAGGUUGGUGUAGUUCGAGAUAUCCGUUUGAAGGAACUUCGGAUCUACACUGACUAUGGACGCUGCAGUCGUCCAUUGUUCAUUGUGGAGAAGCAAAGGCUUCUCAUUAGGAAGAGAGAUAUUCAAGCAUUGCAACAAAGGGAAUCUCCAGAGGAAGGUGGUUGGCAUGACCUGGUGGCCAAGGGAUUUAUCGAGUACAUUGACACUGAAGAGGAAGAAACAACUAUGAUAAGCAUGACCAUUAAUGAUCUCAUACAAGCAAGGCUUAAUCCAGGGGAGGCUUAUUCUGUUACCUACACUCAUUGUGAGAUUCAUCCUUCACUAAUUUUGGGCGUCUGUGCUUCAAUUAUUCCAUUUCCUGACCACAAUCAGUCUCCCCGUAAUACAUACCAGUCAGCUAUGGGUAAGCAAGCCAUGGGAAUUUAUGUGACCAACUACCAAUUCCGAAUGGACACAUUGGCCUAUGUGCUAUAUUAUCCUCAGAAGCCUCUUGUAACCACUCGAGCCAUGGAACACUUGCACUUCAGGCAGCUACCUGCUGGCAUUAAUGCCAUUGUUGCCAUUUCCUGUUAUUCAGGAUAUAACCAAGAAGAUUCUGUCAUUAUGAAUCAGUCAUCAAUUGAUCGUGGAUUUUUCCGAUCUUUAUUUUUCCGCUCAUAUAGGGAUGAAGAGAAAAAGAUGGGCACACUGGUCAAAGAGGACUUUGGACGCCCUGACAGGGCUAAUACUAUGGGAAUGAGACAUGGUUCGUAUGAUAAGUUGGAUGAUGACGGUCUUGCCCCACCUGGAACUCGAGUUUCGGGUGAGGAUGUGAUUAUUGGGAAAACUACUCCCAUCUCCCAGGAUGAUGCUCAAGGCCAAAAUGCCCGUUACACUAAGCGUGACCAUAGUACCAGUUUGCGUCAUAGUGAAACUGGUAUGGUUGACCAGGUUCUACUAACGACUAAUGCUGAUGGCUUAAGGUUUGUGAAAGUGAGGGUUAGAUCAAUUCGAAUCCCUCAGAUUGGAGACAAGUUUAGCAGUCGGCAUGGUCAGAAGGGAACAGUUGGCAUGACAUAUACACAAGAAGACAUGCCCUGGACUGUGGAAGGCAUCACUCCUGAUAUUAUUGUGAACCCUCAUGCUAUUCCUUCUCGGAUGACCAUUGGUCAGCUGAUCGAGUGUAUCAUGGGGAAAGUUGCGGCACACAUGGGAAAAGAAGGAGAUGCUACUCCAUUCACGGAUGUUACUGUGGACAACAUCAGCAAAGCUCUGCACAAAUGUGGUUACCAGAUGCGUGGUUUUGAGACCAUGUACAAUGGUCACACAGGGCGACGCCUUACUGCUAUGAUAUUCCUUGGACCCACAUACUACCAAAGGUUGAAGCACAUGGUUGAUGACAAGAUUCAUUCUCGGGGGAGAGGUCCUGUGCAGAUUCUCACAAGGCAACCUGCUGAGGGUCGAUCACGUGAUGGUGGUCUCAGGUUUGGGGAGAUGGAACGAGAUUGCAUGAUUGCACAUGGUGCUGCUCAUUUUCUGAAAGAAAGAUUGUUUGACCAAAGUGAUGCAUAUAGAGUUCAUGUUUGUGAACACUGUGGCUUGAUUGCUAUAGCAAACCUCAAGAAGAGCUCUUUUGAAUGCCGAGGCUGCAAGAACAAGACCGAUAUUGUCCAGGUUCAUAUUCCUUAUGCAUGCAAGUUAUUGUUCCAAGAGCUCAUGGCCAUGGCCAUAGCACCAAGAAUGCUUACAAAGGAUGUCAAACAAGCGAAGGACCAAAAGAAGAAAGGAGCAUAAGGUUGCACCAGAGCCUUUUUUAUAUUUGCCAUUAUUAUUUUUUUACUGCAAUAGUGCACGCAGGACGAUGACAAGAAACUGGAAAGCUUUGUAUAAUUCUAAUGUUAUGUGAAAUACUAACAUAUUUGUAUCAAGAUAUAUUUCCCGACAGAAAUAGAUGGAAAUUUUGUUUUA